AUGAUAAAAUCCCCUUUCUAGGGCUUUCCCACUCUUGCCGCGAGUCGCGCUUGCGCAGCCCAAGGGUGGUCUCGCCUCCCUGCGCUCGUUCCGUGGGUUCCAUCGAGUGCUCCGGCGCGCCCGACACACGCGACCGUCAGCCAUUACAGGUGCAGCACGCGACGAUUCAUGCGACAAACCCUGGCGACUAUGCCGUGCGACCACCAGCAGCAAUUGCAACAGUCGGCGACAGCGGACCCGUUGUUGGCGACGCUCUUGGGCGACGAUGUGCGAUGGUUCGAAUGGUCGCCAGAGGGCCGCUUGCGAUGCACGCUGUCGCAGCACGAGUUUCCAAUCCGCGCUGAACACGUGGCAGGCCUAGUCGUCGCACGGUCGCAAGGAGAGUCGGUUCUCGUUGAAUCGCGUGAUUGCGAUUUGUCGCAGCCUCACCAGUCGCAGCAGCAGUUGUCACAGGAUGCAUGGUCGCAGCAGCAGUGGCGAACCGUGCGACAGCAUGUGCGAUCAAAAGCCUUCGCAGCAGCGGCGGCGGUAACGGAGGCGCUGGAGCGAGCCUCGCCGCACAUAGUGGCAUGCACCCAGGAUAGUGCUCGCCUGCAGUGUCGCCUCACAGGCAGCACCAUCGCUCGCACGGCUGCUGCCAUCAGCAGGCACACGGCGGGCCAUCGCUUCCAGUCUGCUCUAGCCCGAUUGGAGCCGCAGAAGGCAGCGGCACAACGACUAGAGCAGUGGCAGGAGUCCAUAGCAGCGCAGCAGCGGGCCCUCCCUGAAGGUACCUCUGUAGCAGCAGUAGCGGACGAGCGACAUGCAGCACAUUCACCACUCUUUUCACAGCACGCCAUGGCAUCGUUACAGUCACAGCACGCCAUGGCAUCGUUACAGUCACAUGCAUCUCAGCUAGCCGCGGAAUCUCUACAAUCACAUGUUCUACGAAAACCCUUGCACUCACAUGCCAUGCAUGGUCACCUGCCUGCCAUGCAUGGUCACCCCCCUGCCAUGCGUGCUUCAAUGGGAGAUGGCAAUGGAGAUGGAGGCUUGAAGCAUGCCCAUGGCAUGGAUGAGGACCAACCCAUGGAUGACGAUGACCUCAGCGAUCCAUCUGUGCAAAAAAGGAUAGCGGUUGCCUCUGUUGGUCCUCGGGUAAAUGCUCCACGCCACAAGAAAAGAUGCGUCUAGACGUGGUAGUUGCUGACCUUGUGUUGUGUAUAUUCUGUAUAAUUUCACUCGUUACUUCUAGACCUUUGUCUGUAGCCGAUUUCUGUGGACAUGUACAGCUGCGAAGCUCUUCAAAGUAGAAGUUGGAAAUGAGAAAA